CUCUCUUCUGCUGCACUUCCUUCUACCAUACUCGUUUCUUCCUCUCGGUUCUCCCCUUUCACUUCUUCUCUCUUCUCUGCAUGUAAAAUCCCGAUUAAGCCAUCAACGUUUCCUUGUAACUCUAGACCCUCCCAUCUGUUUACAACCCGUAUGAGCUGGUUGGGGAAGCUUGGAUUGGGAUUUGUAACUCGAUCUUCAGAUGUCGCUAUGGAUUCAUCUUCUUCAUCAAUAGCUCAAGGUCCUGAUGACGAUAUUCCUGCUCCUGGACAACAGUUCGCACAAUUCGGAGCUGGCUGUUUCUGGGGUGUCGAGCUAGCGUUUCAGAGAGUUCCUGGAGUUUCGAAGACGGAAGUUGGGUAUAGUCAAGGGCAUUUGCAUAAUCCGACAUACAAUGAUGUCUGUACGGGCAUGACGAACCAUGCUGAGGUUGUUAGGGUUCAGUAUGACCCGAAAGAGUGUAGUUUCGACACUCUGCUUGAUGUUUUCUGGGCUCGGCAUGAUCCCACCACGCUCCAUCGUCAGGGGAAUGAUGUAGGGACACAAUACAGGUCAGGAAUAUACUACUACACUCCUGAGCAGGAGAAAGCAGCACAGGAGUCUAUGAAGAAGCAGCAGAAGCUCUUGAACAGGAAGAUUGUAACUGAGAUUGUCCUUGCAAAGAAGUUCUACAGAGCAGAGGAAUACCACCAGCAGUACCUUCAGAAAGGUGGCCAAUUUGGGUUCAAGCAGUCAGCCGAGAAAGGCUGCAAUGAUCCAAUCCGAUGCUAUGGCUAAGUUGAGUGUCUUCCUGAUACUGAUCUUUUUUGAUUUUUUGUCUCCUAUGAUGCUUGUUAAUAGGUUAGUGCAUCCUUCCCCAUAAAUGAGAUAUCAAAGCCAGCAUUUAUAAAUUGUAUUGGUAGCAGUUGUAUGUAGCUUUUGAACC